AUGGAACGCUUCGAAGAGAAAGGCAGAGGCGAAAAGACGUCGCCCCAGGCUUGUCUUGAGGCGGGCAGCGGCGACCUUCCGAGGGAGAACGGCAUUCUGGCGGCUUUGCGACGCUUUGAGGGUAGAAUGGAUAAAGCCCUGGGGAUCGAGGCGCAUGCCAUUGACCGCAAGACGGACGCUGACAAGAAGCCCGUCAAGUGGCACGAGGAGCUGACCAUGGCUCUUCUGUGGGCAAGUGGUACCAUGGGCAUCAGCUGUUUUGCCACUGGCUUUCUUGGCUGGGAGUUUGGUCUUGAUUUGCAGCGGGCCAUUCCCAUCUACAUCUUUGGUUCCAUCCUCGGCGGCGCCGUGUCUGGGUACUGUGCCACGUUUGGUGCAGCAACCGGUUUGCGUCAAAUCUCCGUCUCACGAUUCAGCUUUGGCUGGUGGCCAAACAAACUCAUUGCCUUCCUGAACGGCCUGGAACAGCUUGGAUGGGCAUCGGUCGGUUCCAUCAGUGGCGGAUUAGCUCUGACCGCCGUGGCCGAUGGUCGCAUUUCGCUAGUCGUCGGUGUCAUCAUCAUCGCCAUCGUAUCUCUUUUGGUCAGCUUUCUCGGUCUGCGCUGCAUCUUGAUCUAUGAGCGCUACGCAUGGCUCACCUACUUCAUUAUAUUCAUGAUCAUCUUUGACAUGGUUGGCCCGUAUGCCGACGACGUCACGCCGGCCCAGGUCACGGGCGCCGACCUUUCUGCCAGCGCCCUCUCACUUCUUGCCGUCGUUUAUGGAAGUUCUGCAUCAUGGGCCACCAUGGUGUCCGACUACUACGUCCAGUACCCGACCAAUGUAUCCAGGUUCAAAGUUUUUGCACUCACGACACUCGGCAUUGCCAUUCCCACCUCCAUUGGCAUGACUGCCGGCGCCGUGGCGGCCAGCUCCCUGAACAACCAGACGGCCUGGAAAGACGCAUAUGAGAACCAGGGUCUUGGAUUCCUGAUCCGAGACAUGCUGCACCCGCGCGGAUUCGCCAAGUUUCUACUCGUCAUUUUUUCCUUCAGUGGCAUCAACACCAACAUCAUCUCCCUCUACUCUGCGGCCAUCUCAUUCCAGCAAAUGGCUCGUCCUUUCGCCCGAAUACCCCGGUUUCUUUGGACUUUCCUCUGCUUUGCUAUUGUGAUUGGUCUGGCUCUCGGUGGUCGCAGCCAGCUAAACACCUAUUUGCAAAACUUCCUCAGCUUGCUGGGCUAUUGGUGCACGAGCUACUUUGUCAUCCUGCUUAUGGAACAUUCCAUCUUUCGACGUGGAGACUUUGCCAAUUACGAUCUCGAUGGUUGGAACGACCCGAGCCGCUUGCCUCUUGGCAUCGGAGCUAGUGUCGCCUUUUUGAUCGGGGUGGUCGCAUGGUGCAUGGGCAUGGUCGAGACUUGGUUUGUGGGUCCUCUUGGCGGCUUGAUUGGCGAAUCUGGGGGUGAUAUUGCCAACGAAAUGACGCUUGUUGUUACUGCUGUGGCCUAUCUGCCUGCUCGUUAUUUGGAGUUGAAAUUAUUUGGGCGAUAG